AAAAAGUAUUGAUAAUUGAAGGGUACCUUCCUUAUUGCAGUUAUCAAAAUGAGUGAUUCUCCUGAUCAACCUGAACCCCCAAAGGACCCCAAAGAAUUGGAAAAAUUAGAGGAAGCAAAGUUGAAGGCAAAGUUCCCUAAUGCCAUGCUUGGAAGAGGACCAGGUGGCCACUCAGCAUUCCUGCAGAAGAGGCUAGCUAAAGGGCAAAAGUUCUUUGAUUCUGGAGAUUAUCAAAUGGCGAAACAGAGGCCGAGCAAUCUGGCUCAACCAUUCAAGGCUCCUGCUGCCCCUGCUAAGCUGCCGACUGGUGAUGCCAUCCCCACACCUGAAACCGUCCCGCUGCGCAAGACGUCCAUCAUCCAGCCCAAGUUCCAGGCACCCAGUCAGACUUCCUAGCCCACAGUGCCUGUUGUUGACAUUCGGCCGUGUCACUAACUAAUAUUCCAGAAGGCCUGUACAAUGUUCUCUUCUACAAUCAUUAUAAAUGUGGCUUCACUAGGUAAUAUAUGCAAAUGACUGUUUACACAUUCCCAGUCACAGCUCUAUUGAUUAUAUGAGCAUACCAUUUAUUUGCAUGCAUUGUUUUCUUAGUGGGGCCUAGAACAGAAUAAAAUUUCUAUUAAUAAUCUGUUGUAGAAAGUCAUUGUAUUUUAGGGCACAUUUUUAUUUUGCAAGUAAUGCGUCGCACUCGGC